AUGAAGCUCAAGAACGUCAACACGGACGCGUUACAGGCAGCUGUUGAUGCGCGCGCCCAGCAGCGGGCAGAAGGUGCAACCCAGAGAGAAGACGGUGAACAAGCAGAAGAAGGAGACGGCGCGCAGGAGGCGUCGGCGCCCGUAGCGACGCUCUCUAGUUGUGUGGACUACACAGACAUCCAAGACCACGAGCUCUACUACGUGGGUACAGCCGGAGUGAAGGUGACGGAACUGGAUGCAGUCGAGAUGCUACAGACGCUCAAGAAGCUGCACGUGCGGUCGAAUAUGCUGCGCUCAAUGGCGAGCGUAGCGUCGCUGGUUCACCUCGAGCACUUGGAGCUCUACGAUAAUCAGCUCCAGGUCAUUGAGGGCGUGCAGGGGCUCGUGAACUUGAAGGUGCUGGAUCUGUCGUUCAACGAGAUUCGAGAGAUUCCAGACCUGAGCCACUUGACGCAAUUGGAGGAGCUCUAUGUGGCCAACAACAAGCUGGCAAAGAUCUCGGGCAUUGAGAGUCUCGGCCAGUUGAAGAAACUGGAUCUUGGAGCGAAUCGUCUGCGAGCGAUUGAAGGUCUGGACGGACUCUUGCACCUUGAGGAGCUGUGGCUGGGGAAGAACAAGAUCACGGUGAUUAAGGGACUGGAGAAGCUGGUGAAGUUGCGGAUUAUUAGCGUGCAGAGCAAUCGUGUGGUGACAGUGGCGGGAUUCGAGAACAAUGCAGAGUUGGAGGAGCUGUAUCUGAGCCACAACGGUAUUGAGAAGAUUGAAAACAUUGAGCACUUGACAAAGCUACGUACCGUCGACUUCGCUGGCAAUCGCAUCACGAAUAUUCCAGCGAACAUGUCGCCACUCUCGCAACUGGAAGACUUGUGGCUAAACGACAACGAGGUCACGCAGUAUGAGGAUGUCGAGAGCCUGACUCCGCUGGCAGCGCUGCGCACGCUGUAUCUCGAGCGCAAUCCCCUCGCUCAGGACUUUGAGUACCGAAAGAAGGUGGAACAGCUGUUGCCACAGCUCGAUCAGAUUGACGCUACACCAACGACGCGUGCGAGACAAGGACGCAUGUGA